AUUUUUCAGGCUCGACCCUUGCUAAAUGAUGCACUUGAGAGUGAGGAAUUUGAGAUUUUGACAGAUCCAAAGCUAGGAAAAAAGUACGUUGAAAGUGAAAUGGUUUGCAUGAUUGAAGUUGCUGCUGCUUGCGUGAGACAUUCAUCUGCCAGAAGACCUCGGAUGGGACAGGUUGUUAGAGCUUUUGAUGGUUUAGCUAUGUGUGAUCUUUCAAAUGGAAUGAGAGUUGGGGAUUCUUCGCAGCAAUCCGCAGAAAUAAGAUUAUUACGUAGAAUGGCAUUUGGUUACAGUUCAGAAUUUUUUAGCCACUCAAGUUUGAAUGAGUAAGAGGCUAUAUUGUAUUGUGAAAUUAAGUUGGUUUCAGUGUGACUAUGGUGCACAUAAUCCUGAAAUUCACGCAUCAUGUUCUCUUGAUUUUAGUAACAUCCUCUUCUUAUUCUUCUGUAGUUACCAUUUUCUAAACUCAUGUUGAUGGUGGUAAUCAAUUCAUGCCCUUUAACGUAA